AGCGAUGCAUUAUUCAAUGCAUUACACAAUGAGACGGUCCAAUUAGACUGCAACAACCACUUUUGCUGAAUGACGCAAACAGAGGAUCCGUAUCCGGCUCCUGGCUAUAUGCACCAGACCCUCCUACCCUCAAAUCACAAUUCAGCUUUUUCUUUUGUGUCCUCCGCAUAACUCACCAUGGCUUCACAACAAUCCCACCAUCUUCACUUCAUCUUCAUUCCUUUCCUGGCCCCAGGUCACAUGAUCCCCAUGUUCGACCUGGCCCACUUGUUCGCAAGGCGCGGCGUGGUAGCUACCAUAAUCACCACAACCCUCAAUGCUGCUCGAGUCAAGAACAGAAUCGACCACGCCAUCGAAUCCGGUCUCCAAAUCCAACUUGCUGAGCUCCGCUUCCCAUGUCAGGAAGCCGGCUUGCCGGAUGGAAGCGAAAACAUGGACUCUAUCGCUCCAGAGUUCGCCUUGGAUUUCUACAAGGCGGUUGAUUUGCUGCAGCAGCCAAUAGAACAGUAUCUUCAAGACCACGAAUUCCGUCCGAGCUGUAUUAUUUCAGACUCUUUGCUUCCAUGGACGUGUGAAACCGCUAGCAAGUUUCAGAUACCAAGGAUCGUUUUUCAUGGUAUGUGCUGUUUCUCUCUCUUAUGCUCGCACAAUGCGUAUCAUUACAAGUCUCACGAAAACGUCGUCUCUGAGUUAGACCCAGUCGCCGUUCCAGGCUUGCCUCAUCGAAUUGAGAUACCGAAAGCCCAGCUGGUUCCGGGUGCGACCCAAGGACAGAUUGAUUUUCAAAAGAUAUUUGGUAGAUUCAAAGAUGGCGAUUCAAAAUCUUACGGCGUAGUGGUGAACAGUUUUGCAGAAUUGGAGAAUGAAUACGUUGAGUAUUACCAAAAGGCUAUGGGAAAGAAGGUAUGGAACGUCGGGCCAGUUUCUCUCCGCAACAAGGAGAUGUCGGAUAAGAUGGUAAGAGGGAACAAAACCUCUAUCAAUGAGCACGAAUGCUUGAGUUGGCUCCAUUCAAGGAAGCCCAAGUCAGUUGUUUAUGUUUGUUUUGGAAGCGCAUGCCGCGUUUCUCCUUCCCAGUUGAUACAGAUUGGUUUGGGCUUGGAAGCUUCAAAUCAACCGUUCAUUUGGGUGAUUAGAGACGUCAUGGAACCGGCCAAGAUAGAGGAAUGGCUUUCUGAAGGAUUUGAGGAGAGGACAAAGGAAAGGGGUCUUAUAAUCAGAGGAUGGGCGCCACAGAUACUAAUAUUAUCGCAUCCGGCAAUUGGAGGGUUCUUAACGCAUUGCGGUUGGAAUUCCACAUUGGAGAGUAUCAGUGCGGGUGUUCCCAUGUUGACUUGGCCUCUCUUUGGAGAGCAGUUCCUCAAUGAGAAGCUUCUUGUACAAGUUCUGAGAAUCGGAGUCGAUCUGGGCGUCUUCCUGGGUGCAAUUAAAUGGGAACGAGAUGAGAAUGUGGAUGUAUUUGUGAAGAUGGAAACUGUUAAAAAUGGUGUAGAGAGGUUGAUGGAUGAGGGAGAUGAAGGAGAAGAAAGGAGAAAGAGAGCAAAAGAGUUCGGGGAGAAGGCAAGGAGGGCCAUGGAAGAGGGUGGGUCUUCUUACAUCAACAUGACACUUUUGAUUGAAGAUAUCAUGGACCACGCUAGCAAGAAAUGGCCCACAAAAGCUACCAAUUUGGACAUAAAUGCUCUUUAGAGAGGUGGAAAUUGUCUGCAUAUGUAUGUAUAUAUGGAGAGACGAAAAAUGUGCUUAUAAAGGACACAGGCUUUUAGAUCAUCACUCCAUGAAUCUAUUUUACUUUACACUCGUGAAUUAUUCUUGAACAUGU